UCUUACAGCCAUUAUGGCUCCUUCAACGACCAUCUGCCUUCCCCAUUCUUGAAUUUCUCCAACUUAUUGAAUUUCAUUUGUUGGGUGAAGCUCCAAGUCAGUCUCGGUGUGAGCCAGAGCAUCGAGGGUGGGACCCAAAGUCCUCGAGGUUGAACUCCCUUUCGCUUUCGAGUCCUCCAAGCUUCAGUGUUUAUAAGCAGCAAACAAGCAGCGUUUCAGCAGCAGCAGCAGCACAGGCGGAACCACACUCAUUGGUCUCUGCGAGCUCUGUUAAAGUGUGAACCUCAUGCUUUUUCCCUCUUUCAUGCCCCAUUCUCUCACAUUUUUAAAACUUUCUUUUUUCCUUCUCGACAAGAAAACAAAAGAGAGAGCGGCUCAGCAACAAGAAAUCCACAAGCACCCUGUUUUUCUUGUCCUUGCCCGUCACUGCUUGUGCUUCCUUCUCUGGUCAAGAAUAGAAUAAAGUGGGCGCAAGCAAGAAUAAGAGGAAAAGGCACUUUUUUUGAGACAAGGGUCUUCCUCUUUUUGAUCCGUUGGACAUGAGUUUGAGGGCGGCGAAUGUAAUGUGGAAUGUGGUUGUGGUGGUACUGGCUUUAUGGGUUUUUUGUGCUUCUGUGAGAGCCUCUGUGUCUUAUGAUGCUAAGGCCAUUACAAUUAAUGGGCAGAGAAGGAUCCUCAUUUCUGGGUCCAUUCACUACCCCAGAAGCACUCCUGAGAUGUGGCCGGAUCUCAUUCAGAAGGCAAAAGAAGGAGGUUUGGAUGUCGUUCAGACUUAUGUUUUCUGGAAUGGCCAUGAGCCUUCACCUGGCAAAUACAACUUUGAGGGAAACUAUGAUCUCGUGAAAUUUGUCAAGCUCGUGCAACAAGCAGGCCUUUACGUUCAUCUUAGAGUUGGACCUUAUGUCUGUGCUGAGUGGAAUUUCGGUGGGUUCCCUGUUUGGCUGAAAUACGUCCGUGGUAUUAACUUCAGAACAGAUAAUGGACCAUUCAAGUAUUACAUGCAAAAGUUCACAACAAAGAUUGUCAACAUGAUGAAAGCAGAACGGUUGUUUGAGUCGCAGGGCGGACCGAUAAUCUUGUCCCAGAUCGAGAAUGAAUAUGGACCCAUGGAGUACGAAAUUGGUGCACCUGGUCGAGCUUACACCAAAUGGGCAGCCGAAAUGGCAGUGGGUCUAGGCACUGGUGUCCCGUGGGUCAUGUGCAAGCAAGAUGAUGCCCCUGAUCCUAUUAUCAACACUUGCAACGGCUUCUACUGUGACUAUUUUUCUCCCAACAAGGCUUAUAAGCCCAAGAUGUGGACAGAAGCAUGGACAGGCUGGUACACAGAGUUUGGAGGUCCAGUUCCUAACCGUCCAGUUGAAGAUCUGGCCUUCUCAGUUGCGAGAUUUAUACAGAAAGGUGGAGCGUUCAUCAACUACUAUAUGUACCAUGGAGGAACAAAUUUUGGCCGAACUGCUGGUGGUCCAUUCAUUGCUACUACCUAUGACUAUGAUGCUCCCCUCGAUGAAUACGGAUUAUUGAGGCAACCCAAAUGGGGCCAUCUAAAAGAUUUGCACAGAGCGAUAAAGCUUUGUGAACCAGCUUUAGUAUCUGGCAAUCCUACUGUGACGAAACUUGGGAACUAUGAAGAGGCUCAUGUAUUCAGAUCAAGGUCCGGGGCAUGUGCUGCAUUCCUUACGAAUUACCAUUCAAAUGCUUUUGCAAAAGUUUCUUGGGGGAAUAUGCAUUAUAACCUUCCUCCUUGGUCCAUCAGCAUAUUACCUGACUGCAAGAACACUGUAUAUAACACCGCUAGGGUUGGUGCGCAGAGUGCACGGAUGAAGAUGACUCCUGUUCCUAUUCAUGGAGGCUUCUCUUGGCAGGCAUACAAUGAAGAGCCCGCUGGAUACGAAGACAAUUCAUUUACAAUGGCCGGGUUGUUAGAGCAGAUAAAUACUACAAGAGAUAACUCUGAUUAUCUGUGGUACAUGACAGAUGUAAACAUUAAUUCCAAGGAAGGGUUCUUAAGAAGCGGUAAAUAUCCAACUCUUACUGUCCAAUCAGCUGGUCAUGCCUUGCAUGUUUUUGUCAACGGCCAACCCUCAGGAACUGCAUAUGGAAGUCUGGAAUUUCCGAAACUUACUUUCAACCAAGGUGUCAAGCUGAGAGCUGGUACAAAUAGAAUUGCGUUGUUAAGUAUUGCCGUUGGGCUACCGAAUGUAGGUCCGCAUUUUGAGAGAUAUAAUGCGGGUGUCCUUGGUCCUGUUACAUUGUACGGUCUUGACGAAGGGAAGAGGGACUUGUCAUGGCAGAAAUGGUCUUAUAAGGUCGGUCUUAAAGGAGAAGCCUUGAGCCUUCAUUCUCUCACUGGGAGUUCCUCAGUUGAAUGGGCUGAGGGAUCUUUAGUGGCACGGAAGCAGCCACUGACAUGGUACAAAACUAUUUUCAGUGCUCCCGCUGGUAAUGCUCCACUAGCUCUGGAUAUGAAUAGCAUGGGCAAAGGUCAAAUUUGGAUUAAUGGACAGAGCAUUGGGCGGUACUGGCCUGCGUAUAAAGCAUCCGGUAAUUGUGGCGGUUGUAACUAUGCGGGGACCUACGGCGAGAAGAAAUGUCUAAGCAAUUGUGGUGAAGCUUCACAGAGAUGGUAUCAUGUUCCUCAUUCGUGGCUAAAUCCAACGGGGAACUUGUUAGUUGUUUUUGAAGAAUGGGGCGGGGACCCGAAUGGAAUUUCCUUGGUUAGGAGAGAUGUUGAUAGCGUGUGUGCUGAUAUUUACGAGUGGCAGCCAACUCUUAUGAACUAUCAAAUGCAAGCAUCUGGAAAAGUCAACAAGCCGCUGAGGCCUAAAGCCCAUUUAUCGUGCUCACCGGGACACAAAAUCUCAUCAAUCAAGUUUGCCAGCUUUGGAACACCAGAAGGCGUUUGUGGAAGCUUCCGCGAGGGAAGUUGCCAUGCCUUCCACUCGUAUGAUGUAUUCCAAAAUACUUGUGUCGGACAAAACUCGUGCACAGUUCCUGUCACUCCUGAGAUAUUCGGCGGAGAUCCGUGCCCGAGCAUCAUGAAGAAACUGUCUGUCGAGGCAAUUUGUUCCUGAU